UAACUACUUGUUAACAUUUGAAAGAAAAAACUGAAAAAAAAAAAAGAAAUAAAAUAAAAUAAAAAAAAAGUCGCAGGCCCUUGCUCGAUCUUUGCGGCUUUCUCCCCUUUCAUAUUUCGACUUCCAUAAUUAGGGUUUUUCUUUGCCCCCACCACUCAUCUUUCGCUCCAAAUUCUACCAAAACGUUUCCUUUUCAAAUCCCUACAUCGAUUCAAAUUAUAGGGUUUACAGAGAUCUAUCCAGCUUCCUCCGCAUCGUCGUCCCCCGCGGAUAUAUACAACCGCCGUGGUCUUUGUGUUUGUGCAGCAGCAUAGGCAACUAUGUUUUGGAAGCUUACUUCUCUUGCGUCCUCUUCUCCUGUUGAUUCUGUGUUAGACAAGGAAAAUUUUACAUUGGAAGAGCUUUUGGAUGAAGAGGAGAUAAUCCAAGAAUGCAAAGCAUUGAACAGUCGCCUCAUAAAUUUUUUGAGAGAUAGAGCUCAGGUUGAACAGCUGUUGCAAUAUAUUGUCGAGGAGCCUCCAGAGGAUGCAGAUAGCAAACGAACCUUCAAGUUUCCUUUUGUUGCCUGUGAAAUUUUUACGUGCGAGAUCGAUGUCAUCUUGAAGACUUUGGUGGAGGAAGAGGAGCUUAUGAAUUUACUAUUCUCUUUCUUGGAAUUCAACCAUCCUCACAGUGCAUUGUUGGCUGGUUACUUCAGCAAGGUUGUGGUGUCUCUAAUGUUACGGAAGACUAUUCCACUAAUGAAUUAUGUAAAGGCCCACCCAGAUGUUCUUAAGCAGCUGGUUGAUUUGAUAGGUAUCACAUCCAUCAUGGAGGUCUUGGUUCGACUUGUAGGUGCAGACGAUCAUCUAUACUCAAAUUCCUUGGAUGUUAUGCAGUGGCUGGCUGGUAGCAACUUGUUAGAAAUGAUUGUGGAUAAACUGAAUACCUCGUGUCCUCCUGAAGUACAUGCUAAUGCAGCAGAAACAUUAUGUUCUAUAACCAGGAAUGCGCCAUCACCUCUGGCCACUAAACUAUCCAGUCCAAGUUUUGUCGCAAGGAUAUUUGGUCAUGCACUAGAAGACUCGGCUACUAAAUCUGCCCUUGUGCAUUCACUUUCUGUGUGUAUUUCGUUGUUGGAUCCUAAAAGAUCAGUUCCUUCCCCAGUAAUGUACUCUUUCAGAAGUCAACAUGUCUAUGAAUCACCAAUACAUGUUAAUCCAGAUACUGUUGGUGCAAUGCUCCCAAAACUAGGUGAGUUGCUGAUGCUUUUGAAUGUUUCAUCCGAUGAGAAUAUUUUACCCACAACAUAUGGUGAAUUGAGACCUCCUCUUGGGAAACAUCGUUUGAAGAUUGUUGAAUUCCUUGCCGUACUGCUGAAAACUGGCAAUGAGGUGGCAGAGAAGGAGUUGGUCAGCUCUGGGACAAUUCGAAGAGUCAUUGAUCUCUUUUUUGAGUAUGCCUACAAUAAUGCUUUGCACCAUCAUGUGGAGAGCAUUAUUUAUUCAUGCUUGCAAAGUGAAAAUAACUCCAUUGUCGAUCAUCUUCUUCUAGAUUGUAAUUUGGUUGGAAAAAUUCUUCAAACAGAAAAAAGUCCUACACUUUCUGGUGUACUUAAUCAGCCAACUUUAGCUGCUUCUGGGAAGAAGGCUUCUCGAGCAGGAUACUUUGGACACUUGACACGGAUAUCAAAUAAACUUGUUCAGUUGAGAAACACUGAUAAUCGCAUUGAAAAACGUCUUCAGGAAAAUAAUGAGUGGAACGAGUGGCAGAAAACUUUGUUACAGGAGCGUAAUAUGGUUGAGAAUGUUUAUCGAUGGGCUUGCGGGAGACCAACUGCAUUGCAAGACAGGACCAGAGAUAGUGACGAGGAAGAUGUUCAUGAUAGAGACUAUGACGUUGCAGCACUAGCAAAUAAUUUGAGCCAAGCGUUUAGAUACACCAUAUAUGAUAAUGACGAUGCUGAGCAGGGUAGUGGAUCUUUUAAUCGUGAUGAUGAGGAUGUCUACUUUGAUGAUGAAUCUGCUGAAGUCGUCAUUUCAUCCCUUAGGUUGGGCGAUGACCAAGGGAGCAGUUUGUUUACAAACUCCAACUGGUUCGCAUUCCAAGACGACAGAAACGGUGGCGAAGCACCUAUGAACACCUCGUCUUCAGACAUGAUGGACGAUAUCAACUUGAACGGAAACACAAACGGCGGCAACAGCAGCAGUGAUGACGAGGUCAUGGUCGGGGAGGAUGAGGAAAUGACCGAGAGUAGAGUGUCCGAGUCAAACGGCUUCAGUGGAUUCAACUCAGCAGACAAUGACGACCCGUUUGGAGACAGGCCGAUGCCCGAAUGGGUAGCAUGGGAAAACGGAUCGGGUUUUCAAGUCGGCAGGUCCAGCGUGAACCCGUUUGAUGACCCCCAAAGCGACAUAACCGACAAUAUCGAGCAUACAGCAGAGCCCACGACAGCCCCCGUUUAUUACACUUUAAGUGGAGAAUCUGUACCAAACGGAACAGGUAAUAUAGAUUCCUCCGACUUAAGUCAGAAAACCGCUGCUGUGCCUUCCUUGUUUGAAGAGGAUGUGGAAUUUGUGGGGGUGGAAUCAGAGGGUACAGAAAAGGCUAUGGAAAAUGCUCUCAAGGAAGGAAUAGUUGGGGAGGCGGGCCCACUGAAAAUGAAUAUCACUCCAAAGGAACUAGAGAAGGAGGAUUCGGAUGAGGGUGGUGCUGGGAUGAAGGAAUUUAAUGAUGCCAACUAUUGGAGAGUUGACCAGGAGGUUUCUGUGCUAGAGUGAGUUGGUGUGUGGGACUGGUUAUUUUUCGACCAGCUUCAUGUAAAUUAUUAUAUUUUUGCAUCAAUUGGGAUCACAUUGAAUAGGCUUCUCUAUAGUUGUUGUCGUUCGUAAUUUAAUUGUUUGCACUUGUGCACUAGGUUUGUUUCGUUUUUGUUCUCUUUCAGUUUUGUCUAAAAGUUUCUGGGGACUUUUUCUUUUUUAAUCGAUAAAGAAAACAUGAUUCAUCCUCGUGUAACAUGAUAUAUGAACGUAGAAUUCUUUGUUGCCAAAUUGGUGAUGUGUUAAUGAUUUGAUCAAUUUGAACUGGUUGACGGAGUAGUUGAUGCUCGUUUAG